UUCACGUUUUCUAAUGAUGAAAUUAUUGUCAAUGUGCAUCGAAGCAUGAUCUUUUCUUUCUUCAUUUAAUUGAAAGUGAAACUGUAUUGUUAGCUUACUGAACGUAAAAGUUUUGCAAUUGUAUCUCGUGUCAUCAGUCAACAAAAUUUUGGCUUUACAUUUCAAGUUCAAAUCAAUUUUGAAUCCGGUUAAGGUUUAUUCUUCUAUUAUCAGCCGAGCCUUUUCAACCGAUAACAUGCCGAUCUCAAAGAUAAUCGCUCGUCAAAUUUUUGACUCCAGGGGAAACCCAACCGUUGAAGUCGAUCUGUAUACCGAUUUCGCUGGUACGAACUAUUUCCGUGCCGCAGUUCCUUCGGGUGCCAGUACUGGAGUUCAUGAAGCGUUGGAAUUACGUGAUAAAGUGAAAACCGAAUAUAUGGGAAAGGGCGUGAAAACGGCUGUCGCCAAUAUCAACGAUAAGCUUGGACCCGCUCUGAUUAAAAAAGGUUUCGAAGUUACUGAACAAAGAGCCAUCGAUGAAUUCUUGAUCGCUCAAGACGGUACUGAUAAUAAAGGCAAAUACGGAGCUAACGCCAUUUUGGGUAUCUCCUUGGCUGUUGCCAAAGCCGGCGCAGCUAAAAAAGGCAUUCCUUUGUAUAAAUAUAUCGCCGAAUUAUCUGGAAAUGAUCAACUAGUCUUACCUGUUCCUUCGUUCAAUGUUAUCAAUGGCGGUUCUCACGCUGGUAAUAAAUUGGCUAUGCAAGAAUUCAUGAUCCUGCCUACCGGAGCUAAAUCAUUCACCGAAGCAAUGAAAAUUGGUUCCGAAGUUUACCACAAUUUGAAAAAAGUCAUUCAAGAUAAAUUCGGUCUUGAUGCUACCGCUGUAGGAGAUGAAGGUGGUUUUGCUCCCAACAUCUUGGACAAUAAAGAAGGUUUAGUUUUGAUCAGAGAAGCUGUCUCUAAGGCUGGAUAUUGCAACGAAGUCGAAAUCGGAAUGGAUGUUGCUUCUUCGGAAUUCUACAAAGAUGGAUUAUACGACUUGGACUUCAAAAAUCCCAACUCGAGCAAAUCUACGUGGUUAACGCCUCAACAAUUGGCUGACGUUUAUACCGGUUUCGUUAACGAAUUCCCCAUUGUUUCAAUCGAAGAUCCAUUCGAUCAAGAUGAUUGGGAAGCAUGGUCCGCUUUCACGAAAUGCGUCAAAAUCCAAAUCGUAGCCGAUGAUUUAACCGUAACGAACCCAAAACGUAUCCAAGAAGCUGUCGAAAAGAAAGCUUGCAAUUGUUUAUUGCUGAAAGUGAAUCAAAUCGGUUCCGUCACCGAAGCUAUCGAUGCUCAUAAUCUAGCCAAAAAGAAUGGCUGGGGUACCAUGGUAUCUCACCGUUCGGGUGAAACCGAAGAUUCCUUCAUCGCUGAUUUAGUGGUUGGAUUAGGAACUGGACAGAUCAAAUCUGGAGCUCCUUGCCGUUCUGAAAGAACCGCUAAAUACAAUCAGUUGUUACGUAUCGAAGAAGAAUUAGGCGAUGCGGCUAAGUACGCUGGAAAGAACUUCCGAAACCCAUCUAAGUGAUAAAAUACUUCACAUUUCCAAUACACGUUAAAUAUAGUAAUUUAUUUCGCCGCUUCGAUCACGCUAUCGUGGAAUCAAAUCGCUUCGACAAGCUUGUAUUUUGUAUAUUUCGAAACUUUUCAGCCUAUUAAUUCGAAGGCUUUAAAAAUAAAUACGAUUACCAUUGCUUUACGCUGAAAAUAACCAUUCUAAGUAUUGUUUUUCCUGUAAGAUAGAGUACUGUACGUUUUUAUACCAAAAAUCAAUUUACAAUUUUAAUUCACGUUCCAAUAUUAUUUUGUAAAAUAACAAAAUUAUCAAUAGUAAGGUUAAUACGAUAAUUGUACAAUUUUAAUUCAUUUUGAGAAUUUUAUGAUGAAACAUUGAAAUUUAUAGUAUGAAAAAAAUAUACUUAUGAGACAAUUUUGAA